CAAAUCCCUUGGUCUUUCUAGUCUUCCUUCACGAACUUCCUUCACGCAAACUAUAGUCAUUGGAGAACCACUGUUCUAUAACCUAUCCUAACCUAACAUGACGCAUAUCGGCAUAUAUAAAUCGUUACAAACAUGAUCGAGAAGAUUUUGUGUUCGGUGAAGUUGAUUCAGAUAUUAAAGAACUAUCAUUACUUUUUUAUUUAAAGUACAAUGACGCAACAAACCAAAAGCUGUUAUUUGAAAAGCAACGACAAAGCAUUACUGACAGUGUAUUUACCACAUCAAAAACCGAUCAUUGUAGGUCGUUGUCCAGACACAAACAUUACAGAUACGCAAUGUUCUAGACAACAAGUAAGAUUAUAUGCAGAUUAUCAGGAGUGCAAGGUCUCAAUCCAACAACUUGGCAAAAGACCAUGUGGAUUCAAUGGUUUUAAGACACGUAAAGACAUUAAAUUUAUAGCCAAGCAUGAGGAUCACUUAGAAGUUUUAUAUGGGAAGUAUGUAUAUCAAAUAGAAUUUAAUCCUCCACCUCCUAAGACUCUUUUCUCAGAGAAAAGAGCUAGGGAAUCAGAGAUAACCAACGAGACUGAAGGAGGUUCUUACAAAAUACCAAAAUUUGAAAUGGACGAUAUGAAUAGUAGUUGUACAGAAGAAAUACAAGAAAAAGAAACACAGGAAAAUGAAAUACAGAAAGAGAAAAAACAAGCAAAAAAUAGUGGUAAUAUUUUGAAUUUUUUAAAGAAAGGUAGCGCAACUUCAGACAAGUCGGAGGACACAGGUAGUGAACAAAAUCUAAGUGAUGAGCAGGAUGUCUGGGAAAGUAAAGAAAAUGGAGCAUUAUUAAUAUAUACCACCAAAGGUAUUGUAGGUCGCUCAAAGAUAGCAGCAUAUGAUAUGGAUGGAACUUUGAUAAAAACGCAUUCCGGCUUAGUAUUUCCAAAAGAUUAUGAUGACUGGCAACUCAUAUAUCCCGAUGUGAUAGGUAAAUUAAAGAAACUUCACAGUAGCAGUUACAAAAUAGUAAUAUUCACUAAUCAAGGAGGAAUUGGAUCUAAAAAGCUAAAUAUUAAAUCUUUUAAGAACAAGAUUAAGAAUAUAACACAAAAAAUUGGUGUUCCAAUGCAGGUUUUUAUAGCUACUGGAAAUAGCAUCUACAGAAAACCAGCAAUUGGUAUGUGGCAAAAACUAGAAGAAAAUAAUGACUCCGUGCCCAUCGAUAAAGACAAUUCCUUUUACGUCGGAGAUGCAGCUGGACGGCAAAAAAAUUGGGCCCCUGGAAAAAAAAAGGAUCAUUCAUCAGCAGACAGAUUACUAGCAUUAAAUUUAUCCUUACAGUUUUAUACCCCAGAAGAACAUUUUCUUGGACACAAAGAGGCGCCAUAUGUAUUGCCUUUGUUUAAUCCGAAAAAUCUAUCGGUUGUCGAGAUAUGCAAAGGAGUUGAUAUAACUUCAAGUACCCAAGAAGUAAUUAAAAUUAUAGUAAUAUAUUUAAAAUAUUACAAUCUACAAUCGCAAAUAAUUUUAAUGGUUGGUUGUCCUGGAUCAGGCAAGACACACUUCGUGAAAAAUUAUCUGAACGGUUAUGCACACGUUAACAGAGAUACCCUUGGAAGUUGGCAAAAAUGCAUUAGCGCAAUGGAGACACAUUUAAAGCUAAAAAGUAGCGUAGUCGUAGAUAAUACCAAUCCAGAUUCCGUGUCGAGGCAAAGGUAUAUCGAAGUGGCAAAAAAACACGGAGUGUCUGUAAGGUGUUUCGUUAUGACAACCAGCACUGAGCAUGCAAAACACAAUAAUAAGUUCCGAGAAUUAACAGAUCCUAGUCACGUUAAAGUUAGCGAAGUGAUUAUUAACUCUUAUAUGAAAAAUUAUCAAUCGCCAAGCUUGGAUGAAGGUUUCACAGAAAUCGUUCAAGUUGACUUCGUUCCAAAAUUUCAAAAGAAAGAAGAUCGACAGCUUUACGAAAUGUAUUUACUCGAAAGUUAAAAAUAAGAGAAACCGUGAUAUACAUACUCGAAUUAAACUAAUUAAUUGUACGUUUGACAAUGGAAAUAAAAUCUGAUAUUUAUUUAGUACCGAUAGACAUAUAGAAACGAGACAUGCUGGCCUUCGUGUGAACUUAUUUAAAAAAAUAAAUAUGUAAAACAUU